ACAUCACCCGUCGCAUAAGGCCAGCCUGCUUACACACAAGUGAAGUGACAGGACUACAUCCAUGGCCCAGGGGAUGGCUGGCGACGGCUCCUCAUCGCAGGCGUCGUCGGGCGUGGUGAGAAGUCUGGCUCGGCACCACCAGGCCGUGCUCGGGUUCCUGCUCGGUUUCUUCGUCACCGUCAUGCUCUACACCACCGUCUCCGGCCUGUUCCGCUCCACGAAUUCCAUUGUCGUUAUGCAGUCCAGGCCGGGCGAGCAUACAGAGCAAAGUGCCCUAACUGCUGCUCCUCUAGUGUCGUCGACGCCUAAUAGUUCUACUCAAGCAGUGCAUGACAUAGAAAAUGGACAGAAGCACGAGGUAACCAAGACGAUGGAGAAAGAACGUAUAGAAGAAAAAAACUUGGUAGAUGGGACAGACAUGAAUAACAAAACUGGUAACGUGCAAGUUCAUAGCAAGUUGAAGGAAGAGCUCAUCCGGCAAGAACUCGAUCAAGACGACGAUGGGAAUAAUGGAAACAAUGUCACACGUGGUGCUGCACGAAAGCCCAUCUGCGACUUGUCCGACCCUAGGUAUGACAUCUGUGAGAUCUCUGGGGACGCCCGUGCCAUCGGCGCCAACCGUACCGUCCUCUAUGUCCCGCCCCCCGAUGAGCGCGGCCCUGACGGCCAGGAGUGGGCCAUCAGGGACCAGUCUCGCAAGGACCUCGGGUACAUCGACAAGGUGAAUGUCAAGACCCUGAGCACCGCCGAGUCCCUCGGGGCACCGGAGUGCACCUCCCGGCACACUGUCCCGGCCGUCGUUUUUGCCAUGAACGGGCUCACGUCCAACCCGUGGCACGACUUCAGCGACGUCCUGAUCCCGCUCUUCAUCACCACCCGUGCCUAUGAUGGCGAGAUCCAGUUCCUCAUCACUGACCUACGGUCGUGGUUUGUGGACAAGUACCGCCUCAUCCUCACCAACCUGUCACGCUAUGACAUCGUUGACUUCAACAAGGACGCCAACGUCCGGUGCUACCCGCACAUCAUAGUAGGCUUACGCAGCCAUGCCGACCUCGGCAUCGACCCGGCCCGCACCCCGCAGAACUACACAAUGGUGGACUUCCGCAUGUACAUACGAGACGUCUUCUCACUGCCGCCAGAAGGCCAAGGAAUCCCGUACGAGGAGGCUAAUAAGAAGAAAGGAAAUGGUGGCAUUGACGAUAGCAUGGAGAAACAAAGGCCGCGACUCAUGCUCAUAAGCCGGGCUGAGAACAGGAAGUUUGUCAACCUUCCAGAGAUCUCCGCGGCGGUGGAGGCCGCUGGGUUCGAGGUUCUGGUCAUGGAGCCACUCCGUGACAUGAGGCUCGAGGAAUUCUCUCGGGUGGUGGACUCGUGCGACGUGCUCAUGGGCGCGCAUGGGGCCGCGCUCACAAGCUUCUUCUUCCUCCGCACCAACGCGGUCGUGCUGCAGGUGGUGCCAUGGGGCUUGGAGCGCGAGGCCAUGAGUUACUUCGGCGUGCAUGCCAAGGACAUGAUGUUGCUGGACAUCGAGUACACCAUCACCGUCGAGGAGAGCACGCUCUAUGAAAAGUAUGGCAAAGACCACGUGGCGGUAAGUGACCUGGAGUUGCUACGUAAGCAGGGGUGGCAGUUGUUAAGGCAGUACUUGUGGGAGGAGCAGGAUAUCAGACUUAAUGUCACCAGAUUUUCUCCCACUCUACACCAGUUGCUUCGAACACUGAGUGAAUGGAGGAGAUGAAAUACUACUAGUAGAUUACAAUAAGGUUAAAGCGACAAAUUUUCUCAUUUUGUAAAAACAGUAACUUACGUGUAUUGGAAAUCCUAUAUAUGUUUAUCUUCAUAUGGAAGCAACUUUGCUAGCAAACAUAAGAAAAAUAAAAUG